UUUCUAAAGUCGAUUCAAGAUGGCAGCGAUUGUCGCGUAAACGCCGAGAGAAACGUUCUCCUCAGGUGUGCGCUUCGAGGAAGCGAAAUUGUAUCUCUUAGAUUUGAAAUCGUAAGAAUCUGAGGACAACGAGACGUUCCUGAAGUCCGGGAGGUCGUGUCGCGCGUGAAAAUGACGGAGGAAACGCAACAGCAGGCCGAGGGUGCCGCGCAGAAUGACAGCUGUUCUGUUCAGCAAACUGAAACGCCGCUGAAUUCGGAUGUCGCAAAAGUCAAAGAUAACAAAAAAGAAAAAUGUCGUCCCAUGACGAAGGUGGUGAUCAGGAGACUACCUCCGACAAUGACUCAGGAUCAAUUUCUGGAACAAGUGUCCCCGCUGCCGGAACACGAUUAUUUGUACUUUGUGAAGGCUGACAUGUCGCUCGGCCAGUUUGCGUUCUCUCGCGCUUACAUUAAUUUCAUAGAUCAGCAAGAUAUCUUUGUCUUCCGGGAAAAGUUUGACAAUUACAUCUUUAUAGAUUCCAAGGGGGUAGAAUAUCCCGCAGUAGUAGAGUUCGCGCCUUUUCAGAGAUUACCAAAGAAACGCGUCGGCAAAAAGAAAGAUCUCAAAUGUGGCACCAUCGAGAACGAUUUGUAUUUCAUAAGCUUCUUAGAGAAUUUGAAGAAUCAGGAGAUCGAUUCCAGCGUAGCUCAAUCAAAAACUGAAUACUCUUAUCAACCACCGGAUAAUACGGUAAAGAAAGUCACAACGACCCCGUUACUCGAAUUUCUGAAGCUUCGUAAGCAGGAGAAACAACGACUUAGAGAUGAAAAACGUGAGGAAAGGAGAAGGAGAGAUAUGGAAAAGCGGAGAACGAGAGACGAUCCUGUUAUUUCUAAGGUUCUAAGAAAUCCAGACUUAGAUAAAGAGUUCAGUAAGGAUGAUAAAGAAAAUAAAGAGGAGAGGGACAAACUUUCACCAAAGGAAUUGAAGAAUAGGCACAAAAGAGAUGAGAAAGUAAGAGAGAAAUUAUCGCGAGACCGGGAGAUUAAACCAAUCAUUAAGGGAUAUAGAGAGCGAAUUGACGAUAGAAAUAAAGAGCUGAAGCCUCGACGAUACGAUGAGAAGAAGCCUUAUGGAAGACGUGAUGAUCGGGAAAGCGUGAGAGAGGAGAGAAGGCAUGAUCUCAAAGAUGACAGGAGAUACGAAGUAAAAGAGGAGUUUAGAGACUCCAGAGACAGGAAGGUGGAGGAAAGACGCGGAAAGAGUUACGAGAAGAUGAGACAAGAGAAAAAGAAAUUGGCGGAAACGAAGAAACAAAUUGUUGACGCCAACGGGGAUGAGGCGAACUCGAAGAAGGCAAAAGAGGAAUAUGAUGUACGAGAGAAGGAAGACGAAAUCGGUAAAGAGCCUGCACCCAAAGAGGAUGAAUUUACGCAUGCUGGAGAUAACGAAUGCGCCCAGCACGAUACUGCCGAGGAUCGAGUAACAGUGGAUGCUAUGCGAAAUUGUCGAUUGGAUGAAACUGCAGAAGAGGGAAAUGGUUUAUCCAAUCCAGAUGCAAACGAUGAGGACAAAUCCGAGGAGAAAGAAUCGAAAGUCAUGAAGAGACGUAACUCGCUGGAAAGUGGUGGCGAAGGGGGUGCGGGUGAUGGUAAUUGCCUACGACGUCACAAAUCGUUAGACGGAGGUGGUGAAAGUAAUUUGCAGAAGAGCGAGGAGAAAAAAAAGGAUAAAAAGGAUCCACGAUUGGAGCGCAGAAUACGAAAUAAGGAUCGUCCAGCAAUGGAGAUCUACAGACCCGGCAUGGGCAAAUUUAGUAAGCAGCGGCUAGAACGUGAGAAAUCCAACAACGAUGAACGAGCAUCUCUUUCGCAGAGUCCAACGCCAAAUCCAGGUACUUCUUCUUCUACAAACAAAUCCGGGAAACCCGGAGCGGCGGAGGUGCGCUCGAUGACGUUCAAACGCAGCGUCACUCGUGAUGCAGUAUAAAGACGUUUUUGCGUGUUUUCAACACUUUCGUCGCUCACAAUGUCUUCGUCGUGGAUGUGAAUUCGAUUAAUCUUACAGUGAUUUAAUCAUGAUAUGAUAUAUAAUGGUUUCUUUAUUUUCUUCAUUUAUUCUAUAAAAAACAUUUUCAUUAUGUGCUAAUGAUAUGAUUACAAAAGUGCUAAUUCUCUAUACGCGCAUGGAAAAUGAACGUUUCACGCACAAUCUGAUUAUUUUUCGCGUUUGUUUUCUCUAGAUGUGCUUUUAUUAAGUGUAAUAAUUGAAUUAAUAAAUAUAACGUACUCUUUGUUAUUACGUUUUUAGAAUAAUUACAACAGUUUAUACACA